AUGAUCGAAGCUGGCUUUUUUAGUUGUAAUGUUGGUGAUCGUGUCAUAUGUAUUUAUUGCAAUAUCAUUUGUCAACAAUGGACUCCAAAUAGUGACAACCCAUGUGAAAUACAUAAAAUACUCUCACCCAAAUGUCCUUAUGUUAUUGCUAUAUUGACUCAUUCUCAAACGUCAUCCAUUUUGGUCAUUAAUGAAUAUGGUCGCACUGAUCAAUCAUUAGCCUCAACUAGCAUCGAUCCAUUUCGAUGUAAUGCACUUGUUUAUACUGUAGCCUGCAAUACAGGAUAUAUUGAAAUACCAAACCGAUAUGCAUCUUUUACCACUUGGCCGAAUGAAAAUUUACCAUGUGUUGAUGAUCUAGUCAGAGCUGGAUUCUUUUAUACUGGCAAUAAAACUAUUAUGACUUGUUUUUAUUGCAAUGGUUCUCUAAAAAACUGGAAUCCCAAUGAUAAUCCAACGAUAGAACAUGCCAGUUGGUUUCCACAUUGUGCAUAUGUUAAACAAUUGUGUGGGUCUGAAUUGUAUCAAAAGAUUCAAGAAUCAAAACAAAUCCAACAAGAAAGGGCAAAAGCUAAUGAUGCAAACCAUCAAUCUGGAACAAAUGAUGGACCUUGGAUAAAAUAUCCAGAUUGUGCUCGAAUUAUCCGAACAUAUAGUGAUCAGAAUAAAAAUCUUCAUAUUCUAUGCAACUAUGAAGCAAUUGGCCUAUUGAUAACUUAUUUCAAUGAAGAAAAAUCAACCGAUCUUCGAAAUUUAUGUAUUAGCAGUACUGAUCUCGACAAACUGAUCAAAAAAUUUAUAUUCGUUAAUAUUUCUCUACCGUCAAUCUCUGAUUUAACAACAACUAAUAAAAGUAAUUUAGCACAAGAUAUUCUUAAACUAGAAAGUGCAAUGAGAUCAGAAAAUAUUUUAAUAAUACUUGCACAACGAUGUAUUCAUUUGUUUGGCUAUGUUGACAUCGUUGAAAAAGUACAAAAACAAAUAGAAGAAAUCAAGACAAAAUAUGCAUCAAGAACAUUUAAACUUACUUUAGAACAGAAACAGAUAAAAUUUUUAUUGGAUAUCUAUUAUGACGAACUGAAAGCACUUCAAACUAAUUUUAAUGAUGCAACAAUUAUUGAGCCUUUGAAAAAUGGAGAAUUUACAGCUCCAAGUUAUGUCCAUGAUAGAAUUGAAAAAGAAAUAAUGGCAUUAGCUUCAUUGUGUACACCAAUUAAUUUUGAAGUUCAAGAAGAAGCUUUUGGUUUGAUAGCACAAAACGAAUGUACCAAUCUGGAAAAUAUUGGGCGUCAGAACAAAUGUCAAAUUGAAAUACAAAAGGAAACUACAAAUAAGAUAUAUGAAAUACCAAAAGCUCUAACACAAGAUCAUCUUUCGAAUAAAUUAACAGCAGCAGCCAUCACAAUACAAAAGAAUGAUCUAGCUGAACAAAAAGUAGAUCUUGUCGUUGUUUCUUCGACAUCUAUAUAUCUACGUGAUGGAAUACUUAAAAAAGCUGGAGAAUCAGUAAAAAAAGAAUAUGAAGAGGCUUCGAAAAUGUCAUCAUCAGAACCUUUUGAGACCGAUUCAGGGCAAUUACUAUGUCGAAAACUUUUAUUUUUAACAUGGCAAAUAAAUCAAACCAGUCAAAAAGCGUUUUAUCAAUCAAUUCGAAAUUUUGUUCGUAAAGCUGUUCAACAUGCCAUUAAGGCUCAUCAUACAUCAAUUGCAUUUCCAGCAAUUGGUUGUGGAAAAUAUAAUUUCGAUAAAAAUAUUGUCGCCAAUGAAAUGUUAAUUGAAGCUCAAACACAAUUAUUAUCAGCUAAUGUUUUGUUACAAAUUAACUUUGUUAUUUUACCUGAUGAAAAUGAUGUUUUUGAUACAUUUCAAGCAAAACUCAAAAGCCUUCAAAAAGGUGACAUGGAAAUAAAAGAUACUCAAAACGUAUAUAAUUUUACAAAACUUACAAUUACUAUCUUGUCUAACAGUAUCGAGAAACAAGAGGAAUGUAAGACGGCUUUAAAUAAUUAUGUACAACAAUCAUGUUCAGUUAGUGAACAUUGUAAUCAAAGUGCACUAAAAAAAUGGACACAACCUGCUAUCAAUGCAUUUUAUAAAUAUUGUUCUCAUCGACUUGUUGUACUAGACAUAAAGAUUCUUAUUGGUUAUUGUAAAUUAUUUGGUUCAAAAGAAUCUGUUAGAGAAGCAGAAAUUGAAUAUUAUCGAGAACAAACUAAACAAAGUGAACAAGCUCGUUUAAUGGCCAUUGCUCGAGAUAUAAUUUGGGCGUUUAAAAAAGAUGAUAAAAGUUGGGAAAAAUAUGCACCUAAAUUAAAUGCUCAAAUUGAAGAUGCAUUUACAUCUAAAUUACAAACAUUUAAUUACGCCGACAAUAAAUCCGUACAAUAUUUUAUUGAUUUUACACAAUAUAUUGAAACAUGUGUAAAUAGUCAAGAACAGCGUAAAGUUAUUCGACAUGCUGAUGUUGGUUUACCACCACAUUGGCAGUUACAAACAGAGACUGUUGCACGAUUUUCAUUAGAUGAGAAUUCAGAUGAAUACAAAGAUAUUCGUGGUUUAUUUGACAAAACAAUGGCUAAUAAAUAUAAUACAAUGCUUCGUAUAGAACGUAUUCAAAAUAAACAAUGGUAUACACAAUACAAUUCAUAUAAAAGUUUCUCGUCAAAGAAAGAAACAGAAAAACAAUUAUUUCAUGGUUGUCGACAAGAAUCUGUUGACCUCAUUAUUAAUUCUUUUUUUAAUCGAUCAUUUGCUGGAGUCAAUGGUACCCUAUUUGGGCAAGGCGCUUAUUUUUCAGCAAAUGCUUGCUACAGUGACUCCUACGCUACGCCUAGUACACAGAAUGGUGAACAAAAUAUGUUUGUAGUCAAAGUAAUAGUGGGUAAUAGUACUCGAGGAAAUCCCAACAUGAAAACACCACCUGCAGGUUUUGAUUCCACAACUGAUGAAGAUCAUAUAUUUGUUACAUAUCGUGAUGAUCAAGCUUAUGCAGAAUAUCUUAUUGUUUAUCGAUAG